UCCGCUUGUUGAUUUUAAAUCAUAGACUAUAGAGUGCGUUACUACGUUGUGUGUGUAUUGAAGCCGUUACAAGAUUCACUAUCUGUGAAGUGACUGAAGUGUGAGAAGUCGGCAAAUGAACGGGGCAGGGCGUAGGCAUCUAGCGAUGAAAUCAAAAACUUAAAACUACUAUCUCGUAUAAAACAUACUGUAAUGAUAUAUUGAUAGUUUAGUUUUGUUUUAGUUAGGUGGUUGUGACACUUAAGUAGUUUCGUAUAUUGUUCAAAGUUUGCAGCUCGACGCUAGAAACAAUGAAGAACAGAAGUUUGGCCGGCAAUUGUGGCAUUGGAGUGUUUGUCAUUGCCCUUGUGACGGUGGCACUGGCAUUCGGCACGCCUAACUGGCUGGUCAGCGACUACAGGAUAAGGGGCUCCAGGCUGGACAAAUUAGGCUUAUGGAGUCAUUGCUUUAGGUCUCUUCCCGAUCCGUAUGACCAAUACCAGAGAAGAUUCUUUGUGGGAUGCCGCUGGGUGUACGAUCCGUUUACUACGGGUUACGAUAGAAUAAGAGGAUUUUUACUACCGGGUUUCAUGAUCGCAACUCAGUUUUUCUUCACACUGUGUCUCCUUGGUGUACUGAUAUCGACCAUCCUGGUGCUGAUAUUCUUCCUCUGCUGCGGACCUGAUCAAAACCGACUUGUGACCUUAAUCAAGACUAUAGGAUACAUCAUGUUGGGCUCAGGUAUCUGCGGAGUAAUAGCAGUGAUUGUAUUUGCGUCGCUGGGCAAUGCGGAUGGGUGGAUGCCGAACCAUGAAAAUAACUAUUUAGGUUGGUCAUUCGGCUUGGGAGUGGUCGGCGCCGUCAGCUGUCUCAUCACGGCAGCGCUCUUCUUGACGGAGGCCAACAUCCAGCACAAAAAGCGAAACAAGCUCAAGGAAUCGCAAGCCCAGUUCGAAUUGGAACAGGAUUCCAAAGCAUAACAAAUUACUAAAAGGUCAAGCGAGAUAAAUGCAACUAUGGAUUAUUGCGUCGCUCCGUUCUUUUCUUUCUCGAAUACGAUUGGUCGGAACGCCCUCUAUGCUACGUUUCAUUUCCAAGUAGCUCAGGCUUUUAUCACUAGAUGACGGGACCUUUUGUAAUUCACGUUGUUAUAAAAAAUAAGUCAAAUAGACACAAUAAUCCCAUAGUUGCAUUUAUCCCGGUCGACAUUACAUUAAAUCUCCGUCCUUUUAGUCGUUAUAAAUACGAAUCUCACACAUUUCUAACAUUUAUUUUGGUAUCUUAAAAGUCUUAAAACGGACUAGAUAAUCUAGAAAUCUCGCUAUAUCGCACAUUUACCAGUGCAAAUCUAUUAGGCUAUAAGUUUUAUUCAAGACAUGUAAUCUUAGACUGAUUUUCAUUUCCAUGUUUUAAAAUUAUUAGUUAUUUAACUUUCACAUGUGCCUUUAAAUGUUUGUUAUAGGUAAGUGUAAUUAUUCAUUUAGAAUAGGUUGAGGCAAGUGAAUAAUUUGUACACCCGUCCAAUAUACCAACGCAUUUAUAUGUAAGUAGGUAUCCGUCCAUGGUAAUACUUAUAAUAAAUGUUAUUAUAGAGUAGAGAUAGGCAUCAACGAGCAGCUAUUAUAUCACUGACAUCACAUGUCUUAGAUAACAAUGAAAUGUGAUUAUGUUACGCAUACGAAUAUGAAUACACACUCAAUACGUAGAUCUUAUUAGAUUAAAGGUAAAGCCUGGUAGGAUACAUAAAUAAAGGGCAGCUUCAGCUGAACUCGCCACGUAAUUUGAAUUUCGAACAUCGUCUACCUAUCAUUGUCUAUCGCUCGAAAAUUACAAGGGUGAAAAAGAUGGAGAUAGGGUAUCUUUAGCCCAUCCGGUUCUUGCCAACUUUAACCUUUUGGACGCCAAUGACCGAUAUGUACAUUAUAUACGCACCGUAGGUUCAACGCCAAAGACCGAUUAAUCGGUCGUAGACCACAGAGCAACAUAGACCUACAUGCAUAUGCA